AUGGCGGCGCCAAACAAGGCUUCGUCGAGAUGGGGCUCGUUCCUGUCGCAGGCCGUCGCCGGCGUCGAGUCGCGCCUCGACAACAUCCUCUUUGAGGAAGAUAGUAGCAGCAGCAUCAGUGCGCCGGCGGCACAGCAGCAGCCCAAGCCGCAGACGCAGGCGCCGACACCGCCCAGCGCUGUGCCCGCGGCUACCAAGGCCACCCAAAACGCUUCAAGAUCGUCGUCGAAUAGCCGAGCCAACGACCGCUUGCAGGCUCGGCUGGCCAAGGCCAUGGCAGCCAAGGCAGCGCAGGCCGGGAGCUCGCCGCGCAGCUCCGUCGACAAUGCGAGCCGGCCGUCCAUCGAAUGCAAGUCUUCCGAAUCAAAACUCGCCGAAAAAGACGACACAUCGGCCUCAGAAUUCAUUGCUACCGAAGCAGAGAAGGAGGCUACGUCGUCGACACCCAGGGACGAAACUAUACCGACGGAAACUCUUGAAUCUACAUCUGAGACGACAGCUGAGGUUAAAUCGCAUAACGAAGAAAAAGACGAAACUGCAUCUACAGUACUCUCACAAGCAGAACCAGCGGCAGGGCCUGCAAUCGAAGCCAAUAUCGAGAAUGGCCCCACAGCCUUGGAUGAGGAGGAGGAAGCCACAGUCUCGUCAAGGGAGAUUGAGCAAUUAAAGGCAAGCCAUCAGCAGGAGAUCCAGGAAUAUGUCGAACGAAUUGAUUCUUUGGAGUCAAAGCUGCAGUACCUGGCCAAGUCAGCAGCCGAUUUCGCGCAAAAGGCUGCCAAUGCCGCUCCUUCUGGUAGCAUGGAGAGCAAGCUCGCUGGAAAAGAUGAAAAGAUUGCCCUGUUGAUGGAAGAGGGACAGAAGCUUGCGGCUGGAGAGCAAACAUAUAGAACCGUAAUAAAGAAGCUACGACAGCAACUCGCCGACGCGGAGAAGCAGAGCGAAGAGCUCAAGAGGACCAAGGACAAAGCUGCUGCCGAAGCCGACGCCCUGCGCAAACGACUCAACAGCAGCGACGAACAGGAGAAGCGCCAGGAAGAAAUGCGCAAGGCAGCGACCGGCUUACAAAAAGAAGUCGACAAUCUCAAAAAAGAAAAGAUAACACGAGAUGACACUAUCCGCAAACUCGAGCGCGAUCUCAAAACCAAGACGGAAGAGGCUGGCAAGGCUGCAAUUCUUGACAAAUACCUCACUGCAGAGCGGGAAAAGCUCAAGACUCAGGAAGAGAGCUACACGGCAUUGCGCGCUGAAAAGGAAGCCAUAGAGGACAAGGCCAAACAGGACGGCAUUGAGUGGAGCGAGAAACUGGACCGCGCGGUCGAGCGUGGGCGCAGCGCCGAAAAUGAGCUGUGUGUCGAGACCAAGGCCAUGGAGACGAGGCUCGAAAUCAUGCGCACGCAGGCCGAGGAGGCGACGUCAAGCUCCGGCGGCGAGGCGCAGGUCAAGCUGCUCCGCCAGAUUGAGACGUUGCAAUCGCAGUAUGCGUCCGCCAGCAGCAACUGGCAGUCAAUGGAGUCGUCACUGCUGGCAAAGCUGUCGAACUUGGAAAAGGAAAGGGACGAGGCGCAGAAGCGCGAAUCUGAAAUGCGAAAGAAGGCGCGCGACUCGACGACGCGAGCUAGAACGCUCGACGAGGAGCUGCAGGAUGUUCAGCCCGCUCUAGCCAAGGCGCGCGAGCAGCUUGACAAGGUCCGCGACGAGCUCGCUGCGCUCAAGACGUCGGCCAAGGCGACCGAGGAGGCGCUCGACCAGGCCCGCUCCGACCUGGAGAGGGAGCAGCGCGCCAAGAGCCGCGACCUUGCAGCGCAGCAAAACGAGUGGUCAGAGGCGGCCGCCGCCGCCCGCGCGGACAACAAGAUGGACAGCCGGCCCGAGUCGCCUUCCCCCGGCCAUAUCACACGCACCUUCAGCACCGACCUGGCCAGCCUUGGCGGUCUGCCUCUACCUCUGUCCCACCGCCAGCGCACGACGCCGCUGUCCGGCAGCAUCCCCGACACGGAAGCCGCCCGCUCUCGGCGACCAUCGGCGCAACCGCCCUUCCGGCUGGCCUCUGCGAGCCCGCACCCCGGCGCGCCUCCCGCGCCCUUUUCGCCGUUCCAGCAGCCCAGUGAGCUGAGCGGCAGCAACCACCACCUCCCACUCUCCCCGCCGGCCGUCGAGGAGUCCGUGGCGGACGACGACAUGGUGCCGCUGCAGUCGUCGCCGCGCCAGCAGCCGGCCGCGGACAUGACCUCCAUGUCGACCGUCGCGGCCGGCCCGUCGGUGCAGCUCGUGGAGCGCAUGAGCGCGGCGAUCCGGCGCCUGGAGGCGGAGCGCGUGGCCGCGCGCGAGGAGAUGGCGCGGGUGUGCGGGCAGCGCGACGAGGCGCGCGGCGACAUGGUCGGGCUGCUGAAGGAGCUCGAGGGCGCGCGGGCGGCGGCGGCGCGCGUGCCGGAGCUGGAGGCGCGCGUGGGCGAGAUCGACGACCGCUACCAGACGACGCUGGAGAUGCUCGGCGAGAAGAGCGAGCUGGUGGAGGAGCUGCGCGCGGACGUGCAGGACGUCAAGGCCAUGUACCGCGAGCUGGUCGAGCAGACGAUGAAGUAG